AGCCACAGUCACAGAACAUAAAAAAAAAGUUCAUUUUCUCAUAAAUCUCAGAAACAAACUUGUUAAUUAUCUCUCUAAAAUACCAUUAACUGCUUAGCUCAUAACUCAGUUUGAAUAUUUUCGUCCGCAAAGGAUGAAGUUUCUUGUUAUUUGCAGUGUUGUUAUUAUGGGGAUAACAUUGGAGUUAGAAGCCGUGCCUACACCGUCGCAGCUUCAAUUGGAAGAAAAUGCUAUAAUCAAUAGUGGAUGGUGGAAUAGAUCAAAGUCAGUAGCUUCACGUAAUAUCUGUUCAUGGUAUGGUAUGUCUUGCAACGUCGCUGGAAGCAUAACUAGAAUCAACUAUCCCUUUUAUACACCUGGGAUUCGAUUAGCAACACUAAACCUCUCUGCUUUCAAGAAUUUAGAAUGGCUUGAGGUCUCAAACUGUGGACUACAAGGGACUAUCCCAUCUGAUAUUGGUGAUCUCCCUAAACUUACUCAUCUUGAUUUGUCCCAUAAUUCUCUUCAUGGUGAAAUACCUCCUUCAUUGGCAAAUCUUACCCAAUUAAAGUCCCUAAUCAUCUCUCACAACAAAUUUCAAGGCCCCAUUCCUGGUAAGUUGUUGUUUCUAAAAAAUCUUACUGGGUUAAAUUUGUCCUAUAAUUCACUUGAUGGUGAGAUACCUCCUGUACUGGCAAAUCUUACCCAGCUAGAGAACCUAGACCUUUCAAACAACAAAUUUCAAGGCCCCAUUCCUGGUGAGUUGUUGUUUCUAAAAGAUCUUAAUUGGUUAGAUUUGUCCUAUAAUUCACUUGAUGAUGAGAUACCUCCUGCACUGGUAAAUCUUACCGAGUUAGAGAGACUAGACCUUUCAAACAACAAAUUUCAAGGCCCCAUUCCAGCGGAGCUUGGACAUUUGCUUCUAUCUGUGCAAAAUGUCAACGUGAACCUUUCAUUCAAUAAUUUGAAGGGUCCCAUUCCAUAUGGUUUAAGUGAGAUUCAGCUAAUAGGGAACAAGGAUGUAUGUAGCCAUGAUUCCUAUUACAUAGAUAAAUAUCAAUUCAAGCGUUGUUCUGCCCAAGACAACAAAGUAAGGCUCAAUCAGCAGCUGGUCAUAGUUCUCCCUAUCCUCAUUUUUCUAAUCAUGCUCUUCUUACUACUCGUGUGUCUGAGGCACACUCGCAUUGCAACUAAGAACAAACAUGCAAACACAACGGCAGCCACUAAGAAUGGGGACUUAUUCUGUAUAUGGAAUUAUGAUGGAAACAUAGCCUAUGAAGACAUCAUUAGAGCAACCCAAGACUUUGACAUGAGAUAUUGUAUUGGAACAGGUGCCUACGGGAGCGUUUAUAGGGCACAAUUACCAAGUGGCAAGAUUGUUGCCGUGAAAAAACUCCACGGAUUUGAAGCAGAGGUGGCAGCUUUUGAUGAGAGUUUCAUAAAUGAGGUCAAAGUAUUGUCAGAAAUAAAGCAUCGACAUAUUGUGAAGCUCCAUGGAUUCUGCUUGCACAGAAGAAUCAUGUUUUUGAUAUAUGAGUACAUGGAGAGAGGCAGCUUGUUUUCAGUGUUGUUUGAUGAUGUGGAAGCCAUGGAAUUGGAUUGGAAAAAGAGGGUUAGCAUUGUGAAAGGCACUGCACAUGCUCUUUCCUAUCUUCAUCAUGACUUCACUCCUCCAAUUGUGCAUAGAGACAUAUCAGCCAGCAAUGUCUUGCUUAACUCAGACUGGGAGCCCAGUGUUUCAGACUUUGGCACAGCCCGAUUCCUUAGCUCUGAUUCAUCCCAUCGAACUAUAGUUGCUGGAACCAUUGGGUACAUAGCCCCAGAGCUUGCAUAUAGUAUGGUUGUGAGUGAAAGGUGUGAUGUGUACAGCUUUGGAGUGGUGGCACUCGAAACUUUGGUGGGAUCGCAUCCUAAGGAAAUAUUCUCAUCACUUCAAUCAGCAUCUACUGAGAAUGGCAUCACAUUAUGUGAAAUAUUGGACCAACGCCUCCCACAGGCAACAAUGUCAGUUUUAAUGGAAAUAGUUAGUGUUGCCAUAGUUGCAUUUGCGUGCUUAAAUGCCAAUCCUUGCUCUCGCCCAACAAUGAAAUCGGUCUCUCAAUGUUUUCUUACUCAGCUUACACCAUUAGACAUUCCUUUGCGUGAGAUUUCAUUGCAGCAGCUCAUGAGUCAAGAACUCAGGCAUUAUUUAAAUUUGUGAACUCCUGAAAGUGAAACUUCUAGUUGAAAUUAGAUGUGUCAGCAUUCAAUAAACUUGUUGUCAAAAGACUUCAUGAAGUUCUGUUUUGAAGUUGAAUUAGUUCUCGUGAUAUGUUGUUUGUAUGGAUUACAAAACUUGUUUAGUUUGUAAUUUAAUAAAAAUCAGGAAUAUGAGGUACCACAAAAAGAAAACUUGU